GUCGGAAGACUUGGUCUUAUUGCACAUUUACUAUAAAACAUUGAAUAUAAUCAACACCCAUGUGUUGCAGAAUUGUGUCAAAUAUGAAAGAGCAUGAGCUCUUAUUCCAGCCAUCUGUUAAAAUUAAGAUUUUGAGCUUUCACGUCAUUUAUCUCCACUGUGCCCCUCCCUCGCGCUAACAAAACAAACCCUGCGUUUAUAUGUUGUGCUGCUGCUGUUUCUGAACUGAUGACGAGUUGAAAAUGGCGGAUCUUUCGAAAUCCAACCCUGGCCUGAAAUAGACACUCAGCGCUCAAAGUCACUAUUACAGGACUCCGCUAAACCAAAAACUCCCAGUCUGUAAACACAUGUAUGUGUCGUGGUGUUAUAAAGUUAAUUUCCAUGGCAACGGAGUAUACAGGGAACCGUGCGCGUGGAAUGUCAACAAACUCGCCUCGAUGUGGAAACUGUCAGACUGCCCUGCUGGGUUUUUACAGAAUUAACUGUUGAGUUUGUUUUCAGUCAUUUUGCAAGAUGGAUGUGGUAUCACCUGAGCUCAACAGCCUCCUCCCUGAUGAGAUUAUGGAUACUGAAGCUAUCGCAAUGGAAGAGGAACUCCCCGCCGAGCAUCUCGCACCUCCUCCCCAAUCCGAAUCGGAGCCGGCUCAGGUUCCUAUGGAAACGGAGGUGCCUGAAAUCGUCACCCUGUGUACGACCACCACAGCUAUGCAGAUGACCACAACCUCCAGCCACGCUCAAUGUAGCACCAUCUCUGGAGCUCAACACCUCCUGGCCCCCUCCGGUCUCGUGACUGGCGCCGCCUCCAAAACCACCAGCCCUGGUGUGACUCAUAGCCUCUCAAAAAUCUCCAGCGUCACCGUCCCGGCCAAUCACCAGCUCAUCAUCAACAAAGUGGCCACCUCCCCUGGUGUGGAUGGCAAACCUCCGGGCACUGCUGUGCUGAAGCCAGAGGGUCAGAAACUUCUGGUUGCCGGCCUCAGUAAAACAGGACAGCCCAUUAUGUUGGCUCUACCCCAGACUUGGAACAAACCUGCCACCACCCAGGGCACAGGGGAUGCCAAAACCCAGAUCAAAAUGCUGACAACAGUCGGGAAGCCGGUGAUAGCUGUGAGCUCGGCCAGUCAGCUGCUGAGCACCUCCACACCGUUGCAAGCCCAACAGCUGAAGACCCUUCAGAUCACAAAGAAGCCUCCGGUGUCUUCAGCCGGACCAAUGAUAACAAAGCUCAUCAUCACAAAGGCUUUAAACAAUAAAGGACUGACCAAUCCCGCGUCAGGAGCUCCUGUAGUGACUGGUCGGGUUGUUACACAGGGCACUCCAUUGACCCCUCCACGUAACAUCAACAUCGGUGAAACGACCGGGACUGUGCAGCAGAACACAUCUGGCAACAGCAAAGUGGCCAUCUCACCUCUGAAGUCUCCUGGCAAGCUGACAGUUGUUUCGGUGGCAAGUCAGUCUCCACUCUCACCCCAGAAGUCUGUGACGCUCCCUCUGAAUGUUGCUUUGGGUCAGCAGAUCCUCGCUGUCCAACAGUCUGCUGCCACCUCACCUGCCAAAGUAGGAACCAGCCUUUCCGGUGCACAGGGUGUGAAGCCAGUGCAGGGGGUUACUGUGACAGGGAUGGGGACAUCUCAGUAUAAGACCAUCAUCCCCCUCUCCACAACACCUAAUGUACAGCAGAUUCAGGUGCCAGGCAGCCGCUUUCAUUACGUACGACUCGUGACCGCCACAACCGGCAGCGGCACCUUGCAUACGGUUGCCAACACCAACACUAAUUCUUCUAUUCAACCAGCCAAGUCUGUGAUGAUGAACGCUGCGGUACGGAUGUCUGUACCCAUCGUACAGGCACAGACUGUUAAACAGGUGGUACCCAAGCCCCUGACAUCAGCAACGCAGGUGGUGACCACCAGUCAGACCCCCCAGCGCCUCAUCAUGCCAGCCACACAUCUGCCUCAGCUCCAGCCCAACCUGACCAAUCUUCCUCCGGGCACUGUACUUACCUCCGCACACGGCUCUGGGAACAUGGGAUACAUGUUGCCGGCGCCGUAUGUCACACAGAUUCCCCAGCCUACGUUCGUCACUAUAACCAGCAGCUCCACCUUCUCUGCGAACACGGCAAUACAGACCCAAGCCAGGCUUUCUCUCAACGGUUUACAAACAUCAGAUGCCGCAUCUAGGCAGAGAAAACCCUGUAACUGCACACGCUCACAGUGUCUGAAAUUGUAUUGUGAUUGCUUUGCCAAUGGGGAGUUUUGUAGUAACUGCAACUGUGUUAACUGCUUUAACAACCUUGGUCAUGAGAGUGAAAGACUUAAGGCGAUUAAGGCUUGUUUAGACCGAAACCCGGUGGCCUUCAAGCCAAAGAUUGGCAAAGGCAAAGAAGGCGAGUCAGACAGGAGACACAGCAAAGGGUGCAACUGUAAAAAAUCCGGCUGCCUGAAGAACUACUGCGAGUGUUAUGAGGCAAAAAUCAUGUGCUCUUCAAUCUGCAAAUGCAUGGGCUGUAAGAACUUUGAGGAGAGUCCAGAGAGGAAGACACUGAUGCACCUGGCAGACGCAGCAGAGGUGCGAGUACAGCAGCAAACAGCAGCCAAAACCAAACUGUCAUCGCAGAUCUCGGAUCUGCUCACCAGAACGACUCCAGCGCUCACCAGUGGAGGCGGAAAGUUACCGUACACAUUUGUCACGAAGGAAGUGGCCGAGGCGACGUGUGACUGUUUGCUGGAGCAGGUCGAACAGGCAGAGCUCAACAACCAGACUGCGGCCACGGCCGAGCGCCUCGUUCUGGAGGAGUUCGGCCGCUGCCUGAGGAGAAUCAUCAGUUUUGCCGGCAAAGCCAAGACGGACUGUCCCAUUAACUGCUAGACCGGGUGAAGCUGUCAUUGAGAGCCCUACCAGCUGGUGGUGUAGUGCAAACGCCUUGAGCCCAAAGCACUGAACUGUAGCACCAUGGAUUUGUUGGAUUUGACUUGAGGCAUUAAGACUCGGGGUCGGCGUACGGCAUGUUCACAUAUGGAUACAGGGGGCUAUCCAAUAAAGAGACCAAAAGCUUCCAAUUGGCCUCACGUUGAGUUUCCGUCAAACUGGGAGACGAAAGGAGGACUGCGCUCCGAGUGGGCUGGCACUGUUCGCUGUCACAGAAGGGGUUUUAUUAUAGAAUGAUCUAUACAGUUUUAAAGUAGAUUUGUUGUUUUUUGGCAGAGUUUUCCAUUUUUAAAUGCAAAAUCAUGGCAUUCGUUUGUCUUUUAAAACUGAUUGUCAUAUUAUCGUUCGCUUACCUUUUCCGCUUACUGCCAAUAACCUCAGAAUAUGUUUGACAUCAAACAACCUUCUCUGCACAUGUGAUAACUGUCAAAUCAUGACUUGUAUACAGUAAAUAGCAUAUACUGUAGCUUUAUUAUAUUUAUUUACUUGCAGAAGAUUUUGUUCUUAGGCCAAAUUUAAUUUCUCAGAUUUAAUGUUGUCAUAAAUUCACUGUUCUGUUUACCAAGCAUAUAGAAGUUCGCAAUUCUGGGCUGGUUUGUGUGUGGCUGGAGUUUCGCGGCAGACAGUAAAAGCGUCACACGAAUGUUAAACCGAGUAUGACAUUUCUGACAGCAGUACCCGUAUCCUGUACUUAACAGUGCUUUGAACCAAUCUAUCUAAAGGAAAGAAGUUCCUUCUCAAUCUUAUUGAAUUAACCGCUUUACAGAUGAAAGCAUACAGCUACAUAAGCUUUGUGAUGGUCAGUCUUAAGGCUUGUUGUUGGUAUAUGCUCCUUUUAACAUUUUCAUCUUUUCCAUUAUUGAUUCUUGCUCUGUCCACAGAUAAAAUAAGAGACUCGGCCGUUGUGCAAGUUGUGUGUGGUUGGUUCGUUUUUUUUUUUUUUUUAAAUGCUUAAUAAACUAAUGAUGCACUGAGAGGAAAUUCAUAGCAAUCAAAAAACGCCGGACACCCCGUCCAAACCAAGGAUACAUCUUAGGUAAAUACAUUUCAAUUAGCUUUUUAAUUAAUGUUUUAUUAAUAACCUGAAGGUUUUUAAGGGGUUAAUUUAUUUGAGUUUUUUAAUAUUUGCAUACACAUGAGAUGUAGCGGCUGUUUGGAUUAAAUGUCAUUAAACAUUUAUUCUCCUUAAUUGUUUAAAAAAGUGUUUUUGACACUGUUUCUUUGGGCUUAUGCUAUUUUUAAGGAUAGCAUUUUUCGUCCAUCCCUAAAUCGUCAGACAUUUCUUGAUGCACUAUAUGUUUCACUUAUAUUUUCAACGGAAACUUAUAGGUGGUUCUUAACAAACCCGUCAAAGACAAACCCAGGUCAUGCUCGUGUCACACCUCAAUACUUGAAGAUUUUUUCGAAUAUUUUAUAAUAAGCUAUAGAAGCGUGUGUUUAGUAGCAAGAUGACUUGUAUUCAUAUGCAGCACAACCCUUGCUGUUAAGAAGAAAUAUG